AUGUCCGAUAGCACUAAAGCCGUCCCCGGUCUACUCUUCGUCUAUGGGGAAUGCGGAGAACACGUAACGGAGAAGGAUUUCAACGAUUGGUACGACGGGGAGCAUGUCCCAGCCCGCGCCGUUGUUCCCGGCUUCCAGACAUUGAUACGAUACAAACAAGUGGAUGGAAGAAAGCCAUCUUGGCUCGCGAUGUACGACCUAUCCUCGCCUGAUGUCCUUCAGACACCAGCGUAUACCGGGCUCUUCGCUGCUGCUUCCGACAACGAACGCACGAUCAUUGCUAAUCUCGCUAUGCUGAAUCGUCGAGUCUACUCACACAUUUCAUCGUAUCCCGCCGACGAUGCCGACGUCCGGCCCGGCAAAUAUCUAUUUAUCGUCAUGAUCCAACCAGCGCCAGAGUCGGAGGAAGAAUUCAACAACUGGUACGAGGAGGAACACGUACCCCUCCUAUCUAAGUCUCCAGGGUGGGUUAGGAGCAGGAGGUACAAGUUGAUAGAUGCAGUGGAAGUGGCGGGAAGGGCCGACGCCGAGGAGGCUCUGGCGCCUCUGACAUACCUUGCCCUCCACGAAAUCGAGAGCGAAGAGACGAGGGAGACGCCUGAAUGGAAACAUGCAACGAGUACACCAUGGAGGAACAAAGUCGUGAAUGAGCUUGUCGUUGGAAGGGAUGCGAGAUUGUUCGAGUUGUACAAAGUGUUCGAAAGGCUCAAUUAG